AGGAAGUAAACCUUCAGAAUUUUCAGCUUUAAGCACUAGUUUUUAAUGCUGCAUACUUCAUAAAAUAAAUUGAAUAUUUACUGUCUAUAUAAACUUUGAAUAUACUCAAAGCUUCAUUGACUUUGACCACAAUGAGUUUCUAUACAACAUGUUUGAUAGUUAGAACGGCUGCUGAGAGAAAAACGUUCAUGCUGACUUUAUUGCUUUACGUUUGCCGAUAAGAAAUUUACAAAGAAGGCUCUAGCACAAAACCUUAACGUCAUUAAACUAUAAACUUUAACCUAAAGAUUAAAAGAGCGUGUGGCAAAAAAAGAUUUCUUGAGGAAAAGUGGCGUGAACGAACAUUCAUCGACAGUAUCACAGAAUAGUGAACAUACAGUAGGACCAGUCCAUUCAAUUUUUACGUGCCACGUAUAUCUUAUUACGCAUGUGAUUAACAUAUCGGCAUCCAGUAAAUUGCAUUGUAUGACCCAUAGGAUUGACGAUAUGGCAAACGGCAGCCAGUAAAUCGAAUUAAGUAUACAGCAGCCAGUUGCACAUCGAAGUGGCCCUUCUGUAUAUUCCUGUACUGUGAGAGUAUAAACGAUUAAUAUGGAGAUGACAAUAUUCAUAACAAUACCUUAUUGAGAUGUGAAAGAAGCCUGUGUUUGGUAAAGAAUUUCAAGUCCCACCUAUUCCUAAACGUACAGACAAAAAGGAUCGGACGUAGGCUGAAAUUGUUCCAAUAUAUACAAUCUGGAAGACAAACUGUGUGGAACUAACUGAAGCCACAAAUAAUGGAUACGAAAAUGGAUGCUAUUUUCAGAGUCAUACCACUGAAUUGUUUUCCCUGGUUUGAACAAAUACUGCUCUAUAUCUAUUUCACAUUUACAAUCAUCGCUUCUGGAAUUUCGAAAACAUUUGAUCGUCAAACUUCUUUUACUUGUAAUGACAAGAUGAUUUCAAAAUCCCAAGAAAUUUCUCUCAUAAAGAAUAUUGAAUCAAGAUGUUUGAGACAAUACCAAUAUGAAACUUGGGAUAAUAUAUAUGUGGUGUCCUUCAAUUUCUUUUUUCUCUUUUUUUGGGGUAUGAUCUAUGGACUGUCUGUGAGCAAUCGACUUAAAAACUUUGAAAAGUUCUUGUCAGAAAGAAGCAGUGAAGUCAGAAAGGUUUUAUCUAGUUCUUGGGCAUUUAAUUAUUACAUUAUUUAUUUGACUGUACGCGUGGUUGGUUUGUCUAUAUUUGUUACAGUACUGUUUCCAGGCAUGUUUCCCAUUGACUAUUCUUGUUCCUGGCGUCAAACAACAAACAAAAAAUCUUUGUUAUACAGUACAAUUCUUUUUCCAUAUAACGAGACAUUUGUUAAUUGUGAAAUUCGCGAUGGUAACAGUGAAUGGUGGAUUAAAUUUGUUGUAGCUGUUGAUGUUUUAUCGAUAAUAAUGACGAUAUGUCAGCUAAUAUACCUAUUAAAUGAGGCCGUUAAUGACAAUUUUUUCACAUCAGAUAAGGAAUUUUUCACGGUAUACCUCUUUUCAAAACGUGCAGAAUUUCGAAAUUGGAUAAAAGAAAUAAAAAAUAAACUUCACUUGAACAAAUUAUUUAAUAUUCACGAUAACGUAGGCAAUGCACAAAUGUCUGUGCAAAAUCUUGAAGAUAUUUAUGUCAACGUCAAAGUGCAAGCAGAAAGAGAAUUAAGUAAAGCUUACUUAGAUACGCAUGAAAGACACGAGAUCCUUCAUUGUCCUUUCAACCUUAAUGAAAAUGCGAAAAAACUAACAAGAGCAGCUGACAUUUUUAAGUCAAUUCCAAAUAGCAAGGCGUAUCCUAGCUCCAUUUUAGUCAUCGGAAGGCCAAGAAUUGGUAAAACUAUGUUUACAAAAAAACUUAUUCAUGAAUGGAAGACAAAUGAAGACAAUUUUUUGCGCGAUAAGCUGGUCAUUUUAUUGCAAUGUCGUGCGAUUAAAGAGAAGUACAUUACUUUUAAAAAAAUGCUAAGAAGUUGCGUUGGAUUGUCAUUUGAACAGUUUUCAGAUAUUUACGAAUUCAUAAUGUUAAAUCCUGAAAGAACUGUUCUUAUCGUCGACGGUCUUGAUGAAUUGCCUUUAUAUAAUGGAGAUCUUCGAACUGAUGACUCAGGGUCCCCUAAUGAAAAAAGGGCCGUCAUUACACACUUAAGUAUGCUAGUUGAAGGUAAACUAUUGCCUGAUGUUACUGUUCUUAUUACAUCACGACCCACAGCUGAACGUAAAUUUAGAGGUAUGGAAUUCGCGAGGACAGUGGAAAUCUUGGGCUUUUUUGAGGAUGAGAUAAAAGAAUUCGUGGAAAAGUUUUGUCAUGAAGAUAGGAAUAUCGCUGACCAUAUUCUAAAUAAGAUUGAAAUUUCUCUUGAACUUCGCAGCUUUUGUUAUAUCCCUAUUAACACUAAAAUUGUUUGUAUGACCUUAAAGGAAUGUUUUGCAGAUGAUGAAAACUACAGUCCAAAGACUAUGACUGAAUUGUACGAUAGAGCAAUUAAAGUUUUACUAUGGCAAAGCCAUCCACUUCUCAGGGGCAAGACUACAGAAAAGGAUUACUUGAGAAUUCCUUUACCAUCCGAGCUUGAUAAAGAUCUACAAGCAAUAAAAUAUGUUGCCAUGGAAGGGCUUAAAGACGGACGCUUGAUUUUUGAAAGAAAAAGUAACAGUAACUUUAAAAAUCUGGAAAACUGUGGCAUUUUCAAUAAUAUUUAUAAUGAUGAACGCCAUCUUUACUGUUUUCUUCAUUUGACUCUUCAAGAGUUUUUUGCAGCGUGGUAUAUUGUUGACGAUUGGCAAAACAUUGGAAAGUUUUUGGAUGAUCAUGUUCAAGAUCCUAAAUGGCAUUUGGUAAUCGAAUUUGCUGCUGGUUUGGUUGGAAAUGAAAAGAAAGAGAAGGGAAAAGAUAUCAGCGUUAUUCUAGAGAGGUUAGAAAGUUGGACGUCACAUGUAUUUUUCUCUGAGGGUAAUCAAGCACUUGGUUUUCUUGGAAUGAAGUGCUUUUACGAAUUACAAGACGACGAUGAGAUGAGAUCAGUUUGCGAGUCAAAUAAUUUCUCUGAAACAAUAUCCAUUAAUAACGUUUCUUUCACGCCUCUUGAUUCAAACGCCUUCUUUGAAUUUCUCUCUGAAUGCCGACAAUUAAGAAAACUCGCGUUUUUUUCAUGCCAAUUUCCUGAUAAUCAUAGCGUCAUUAGAUUGUCAAAAUAUUUGACAAAUGCAACAGCAUGCAAUGUAUUUUCUUUGAAAAUCAUCUCCUGUUCUGUUAAAAAUAUAUCAAAACAUCUUAGUGAAGCUUUAAAAAGUGAAAAUUGUAAACUUAGUGAAUUGGAAAUUAGAAAAAACAAUAUAGGUGAAGAAGGUGCUAAAUAUCUUAGUAAAGCUUUAAAAAGUGAGAAUUCUAAACUUACUAAAUUAAUUAUCAAUGGCAACAACAUGGGUGAUAAAUGUGCAAAAUAUUUUAGUGAAGCUCUGACAAGUGAGAAUUGUAAACUUACUGAACUAUCUCUUAGUCGUAACGAACUAGCAGCUGGAGGUGCUAAGUAUCUUAGUGAAGCUUUAAAAAGUGAGAAUUCUAAACUUACUAAAUUGGGUCUUUCUUAUAACAAGAUAGGUGACGAAGGUGCAAAAUCUCUUAGUGAAGCUUUGAAAAGUGAGAAUUGUAAACUUAGUAAAUUGUCUCUUUCUGAUAACAAUAUAGGUGAUGGAGGUGCAAAAUCUAUUAGUGAAGCUUUGAAAAGUGAGAAUUGUAAACUUACUGAUUUGGGUCUUUCCUCUAACAAGAUAGGUGACGGAGGUGCAAAAUCUCUUACUGAAGCUUUGAAAAGUGAGAGUUGUAAACUUACUGAAUUGGGUGUUUCUUAUAACAAGAUAGGUGAUGGAUGUGCCAAAUCUCUUAGUGAAGCUUUGAAAAGUGAGAAUUGUAAGCUUACUGAAUUGGAUUUUUCUCAUAACAGUAUAGGUGAUGAAGGUGCAAAAUCUCUUAGUGAAGCUUUGAAAAGUGAGAAUUGUAAACUUACUGAAUUGGGUCUUUCUUAUAAUAAGAUAGGUUAUGAAGGUGCAAAAUCUCUUAGUGAAGCUUUGAAAAGUGAGAAUUGUAAAAUUACUGAAUUGGGUCUUUCUUAUAACAAGAUAGGUUAUGAAGGUGCAAAAUCUCUUAGUGAAGCUUUGAAAAGUGAGAAUUGUAAACUUACUAAAUUGGGUCUUUCUUAUAACAAGAUAGGUGAUGGAGGUGCAAAAUCUCUUAGUGAAGCUUUGAAAAGUGAGAACUGUAAACUUAGUAAAUUGUCUCUUUCUGAUAACAAUAUAGGUGAUGGAGGUGCAAAAUCUCUUUGUAAAGCUUUGAAAAGUGAGAAUUGUAAGCUUACUGAAUUGGGUCUUUAUCAUAACAAUAUAGGUGAUGGAGGUGCAAAAACUCUUAGUAAAGCUUUGAAAAGUGAGAAUUGUAAGCUUACUAAAUUGUAUCUUUAUAUUAACAAUAUUGGUGAUGGAGGUGCAAAAUCUCUUAGUAAAGCUUUGAAAAGUAAGAAAUGUAAACUUACUGAAUUGCGUCUUUCUAAUAACAAGAUAGGUUAUGAAGGUGCAAAAUCUCUUAGUGAAGCUUUGAAAAGUGAGAAUUGUAAGUUUACUGAAUUGGAUCUUUCUCAUAACAGUAUAGGUGAUGAAGGUGCAAAAUCUCUUAGUGAAGCUUUGAAAAGUGAGAAUUGUAAACUUACUGAAUUAGAUCUUUAUCAUAACAAUAUAGGUUAUGAAGGCGCAAUAUCUCUUAGUGAAGCUUUGAAAAGUGAGAAUUGUAAACUUACUGAAUUGGGUCUUUCUUAUAACAAGAUAGGCGAUGAAGGUUCAAAGUCUCUUAGUGAAGCUUUGAAAAGUGAGAAUUGUAAACUUAGUAAAUUGUCUCUUUCUGAUAACAAUAUAGGUGAUGGAGGUGCAAAAUCGCUUAGUGAAGCUUUGAAAAGUAAGAAUUGUAAGCUUACUAAAUUGUAUCUUUAUAUUAACAAUAUUGGUGAUGAAUGUGCAAAAUUUCUUAGUGAAGCUUUGAAAAGUGAGAAAUGUAAACUUACUGAAUUAGGUCUUUCUUAUAACAAGAUAGGUGAUGGAGGUGCGAAAUCUCUUAGUGAAGCUUUGAAAAGUGAGAAUUGUAAACUUAGUAAAUUGUCUCUUUCUGAUAACUAUGUAGGUGAUGGAGGUGCAAAAUCUCUUAGUGAAGCUUUGAAAAGUGAGAAUUGUAAACUUACUGAAUUGGAUGUUUCUUUUAACAAAAUAGGUGAUGGAGGUGUAAAAUCUCUUAGUGAAGCUUUGAAAAGUGAGAAAUGUAAACUUACUGAAUUGGGAAUUUCUCAUAACAAUAUAGGUGAUGGACGUGCAAAAUCUCUUAGUGAAGAUUUGAAAAGGGAGAAUUUCAAACUUACUGAAUUGGGUCUUUCUUCUAACAAGAUAGGUGAUGGAGGUGCAAAAUCUCUUAGUGAGGCUUUGAAAAGUGAGAAAUGUAAACUUAAUGACUUGGGACUUUCUCAUAACAAUAUAGGUGAUGGAGGUGCAAAAUUUCUUAGUGAAGCUUUGAAAAGUGAGAAUAGUAAGCUUACUGAAUUGUAUCUUUCUUAUAACAAGAUAGAUGAUGAAGGUGCAAAAUCUCUUAGUGAAGCUUUGAAAAGUGAGAAUAGUAAACUUACUGAAUUGGGUCUUUGUCAUAACAAGAUAGGUGAUGGAGGUGCAAAAUCCCUUAGUGAAGCUUUGAAAAGUGAGAAUUGUGAGCUUACUAAAUUGGGUCUUUCUUAUAACAAGAUAGGUGACGAAGGUGCAAAAUCUCUUAGUAAAGCUUUGAAAAGUGAGAAUUGUAAACUUAGUAAAUUGUCUCUUUCUGAUAACUAUAUAGGUGAUGGAGGUGCAAAAUCUCUUAGUGAAGCUUUGAAAAGUGAGAAUUGUAAACUUAGUAAAUUGUCUCUUUUUGAUAACAAUAUAGGUGAUGAAGGUGCAAAAUCUCUUAGUGAAUCUUUGAAAAGUGAGAAUUGUAAACUUACUGAAUUGGGUCUUUCUUAUAACAAAAUAGGUUAUGAAGGUGCAAAAUCUCUUAGUGAAGCUUUGAAAAGUGAGAAUUGUAAACUUACUGAAUUGGGUCUUUCCUCUAACAAGAUAGGUUAUGAAGGUGCCAAAUCUCUUAGUGAAGCUUUGAAAAGUGAGAAUUGUAAACUUACUGAAUUGGGUCUUUCUUAUAACAAGAUAGGUGAUGGAGGUACAAAAUCCCUUAGUGAAGCUUUGAAAAGUGAGAAUUCUAAACUUUGUAAAUUGUCUCUUUCUGAUAACAAUAUAGGUGAUGGAGGUGCAAAAUCUCUUAGUGAAGCUUUGAAAAGUGAGAAUUGUAAGCUUACUGAAUUGGGUCUUUAUCAUAACAUUAUAGGUGAUGGAGGUGCAAAAACUCUUAGUGAAGGUUUGAAAAGUGAGAAUUGUAAGCUUACUAAAUUGUAUCUUUAUAUUAACAAUAUUGGUGAUGGAGGUGCAAAAUCUCUUAGUGAAGCUUUGAAAAGUGAGAAAUGUAAACUUACUGAAUUGCGUCUUUCCAAUAACAAGAUAGGUUAUGAAGGUGCAAAAUCUCUUAGUGAAGCUUUGAAAAGUGAGAAUUGUAAGUUUACUGAAUUGGAUCUUUCUCAUAACAGUAUAGGUGAUGAAGGUGCAAAAUCUCUUAGUGAAGCUUUGAAAAGUGAGAAUUGUAAGCUUACUGAAUUGGAUCUUUCUCAUAACAAUAUAGGUGAUGGAGGUGCAAAAUCUCUUAGUGAAGCUUUGAAAAGUGAGAAUUGUAAACUUACUGAAUUGGGUCUUUAUCAUAACAAUAUAGGUUAUGAAGGUGCAAUAUCUCUUAGUGAAGCUUUGAAAAGUGAGAAUUGUAAACUUACAGAAUUGGGUCUUUCUUAUAACAAGAUAGGUGAUGGAGGUGCAAAGUCUCUUAGUGAAGCUUUGAAAAGUGAGAAUUGUAAACUUAGUAAAUUGUCUCUUUCUGAUAACAAUAUAGGUGAUGGAGGUGCAAAAUUGCUUAGUGAAGCUUUGAAAAGUAAGAAUUGUAAGCUUACUAAAUUGUAUCUUUACUUUAACAAUAUUGGUGAUGAAUGUGCAAAAUCUCUUAGUGAAGCUUUGAAAAGUGAGAAAUGUAAACUUACUGAAUAGGGUCUUUCUUAUAAGAAGAUAGGUGAUGGAGUUGCGAAAUCUCUUAGUGAAGCUUUGAAAAGUGAGAACUGUAAAC